AUGAGCCAUGAACCACCGUCUCCCAAGAGGCGGCACAUUCUUUCAUCCAUCAACCCAGAGCAGUCAUCAGAGAGACACCGACGAGAGAAUCCACGGGCCGCUUCAUCAAAUGACGUCAAGCCAACAGUUGAAGAUGGUGGUGACGAUGCAAGCAUGGACGCAACAAAGCCCAGACGGUCGCGGCUGAAGCUAAAGGGCGAGAAACGUCGUCGCCGCUCUCGCAGCAACGAGCGAGACCAUGAAUCCAGUCGCCAUCGGCAUCACCACCAUCGCCACCGCCGGCGACGACACCGCUCUCCCACGCCGCCGAAUCCCCAUGAGCCCCCGACUCUUGAUCCAGACGCCGCCUUCCGAGAAUCACUAUUUGAUGCCAUGGCUGAUGACGAGGGUGCCGCUUAUUGGGAAAGCGUCUACGGCCAGCCCAUCCACGUCUACUCUGACGACAAGGUCGGACCAGCAGGGGAGCUUGAGAAAAUGACGGAGGAGGAAUACGCAGCCUACGUUCGACAAAAGAUGUGGGAGAAAACCAACGCUGGUCUCCUUGAAGAGAGAGAACGGCGCGCAGAAGAGCGCAGGAAGAGGAAAGAAGAAGAGCGGCAGAACCGAAAACUACACGAGGAAAUGGAUCGCAGUCGACGCCGAGCAGAAGAGCGACGCCGGAGAAGACGCUGGGUCGAUGGAUGGGAUGCGUAUACGCAAGCCUGGUCGAAAUGGGAUGGAACUUUGGACACUCUCGUUUGGCCUGUGCUAAGUGGACAGCGAAAGGAUGUAAAUGAAGAGACUGUUCGCGAGUUCUUCAUUCACGGCAUAGGUUUGGAGGAUGUUGGAGAGAAGGAAUUUGCCGCGAAGCUAAAGGAGGAACGAGUGCGUUGGCACCCCGACAAGAUACAGCAAAAACUCGGCGUACAAAGCGGCAGCGACGUUAUCAAAGAUGUAACCGCCAUCUUCCAGGUCGUGGACAGGCUUUGGGGGCAAGCGAUGAAGAAGCCUUGA